AUGAGUAUCGCGCGAUCAGCACUGCAGGGCUCGAAGCCCUGGCGCACCUGCGCCCGAUGCAUUCGCCAUCCACAAUAUCGGCGCUCCUCGCCCAUCACGACCGGCCGGUUCCUCUCGUCGACACCGUCCGUCCGCUCCCAGGCCGCCCGAAACCCCCUCCGAUCGAACACAGACGCGGGCGAAGCCGGUCUGACGCGUGAACAGGCGGUGGCACGGUACCAGCGCUCAAUGAUGCUCUCUGCCGCGGGGAUUUUGGCCUGCGCGGCGGCGAUGUACGGUGUCAUCAAGCUGGACGUGUUUGGCUUGCCGGAGAAGGAAUCCGAUGGUGCUACCACCACCACCACCACCACCAUCACCAACACCAUGAAGCUGGAUGGGCCGGCGGGGUUCCCGACUAGCCCAAGCAUCACUCAGAUCCAAGGCCUGGACGGUGUACAGCAAGUGCCGACGGGGACGAGCACGAUCCCGCAUUUUCCGAGCACGAUCCAGCUGCCGAAACACCUGGACGAUUCAUCGCUGUCGCCGGGGGCGGAGCUGAAUGUCUCCGAGGCUGCCAGCCAGGAGUCGGAAGAGUACCAGCUGCUCGGGCUUGGUAUCCGGACGGUCUCCUUCCUCUCGAUCCAGGUGUAUGUGGUGGGCCUGUACGUGGCCAAGUCGGACAUUGCAGAGCUUCAGCACCGACUGAUGCAGACGGCGGCGAACCCGCCAAUCGAUCAGGUGGAGGGGAUCACCCCCGCGGUGGCGACGUCGUUGGUGCCGCAGGAGCGGGAUCAGCUGAAGCAGUUGCUGCUGGACCCGGAACGCGGGGAGGCCGCCUGGACGGCAAUCAUCAAGGCGAACGGGCUGCGGACGGCGUUCCGGAUCGUGCCCACGCGGAACACGGACUUUCUUCACCUGCGCGACGGGUGGGUGCGGAGCAUCACCAACCGAGCAAAGGCUUCUUCUUCUUCCUCUUCUUCUCCCGACUCCAGCUCAGUUUCGGAAUUCCAGGAUGAGACGUUCAGGAAAGCGCUGAGUGAGUUCCGGGCGGCGUUUGGGGGCGGCCAGCGCAAGAACGUGCCCAAGGCCCAGCCACUGCUGCUCAUCCGGGGCGCGCAGGGCACCCUGGACGCCGUGGUGCAGCCGGACGCGAGCAAGGCCGUGUUCCGCUUCAUGGGGCGGGUCACGGACGAGCGCAUCGGCCGGCUGGUCUGGCUGAAUUACCUGGCUGGCAAGACGGUGGCGAGCGAGUCGGCGCGCCAGAGUGUCGUCGAGGGGGUAAUGGGGAUUGUUGAACGGCCAGUGGGGACAGUUUAG